AUGAAUAACGAUAGUUUGAUUGAAAUUACAGUUGUUGAUGAAAAUGAACAAAUAUAUCAAGUACCUGUAGACUUGACUGGAAGUGUAGAACAAUUUCAAAGAGUAUUAGAAUUUGAAACUACUAUUAUAGUAAAAGACCAAAUUCUAUUACAUGAAGGUAAAGAAUUAGAAUCUUCAAAGAUUGUAUCACAAUGUAAUAUAAAACAAGGUGAUCUUAUAUUUUUAAGAAAGCGUAGACCUGUUAACCCUGCACAACAACAAGUGGCUCCAGGACACCAACAACAGUUCCAACAACAACAACAACAACAAAGAAGACCACAGCAACAACAACAACAAGAUCCAUUUACUGAUCCAAAAACAUUGAUUAAUUACUUUAAAAAUAAUCCAACUGCUUUGGAAGAUUUAGCAAACAAAAACCCACAAUUUGCUGAUGCAAUCUUGACAGAGAAUGAAGAAGUUUUAACAUUGUUUAUUGAAUCGGUUAGAAAACAAAGAAGAAUGGCUGAGUUGGCUGCCGACCCAUUAAACGAGGAGGGACAAAGAUUGUUGUAUGAAGAGAUCCAAAGAGAGAAUAUCGAACAAAACAUGCACCACGCCAUCGAACAUACUCCCGAGGUGUUUGGUCGUGUCAUUAUGUUGUACAUUGACACUACCAUUAACAACAUCCCUAUCAAGACAUUUGUAGAUACUGGUGCCCAGCAAUCUAUUAUGACUGCCAAAUGUGCUGAACGUUGUGGAUUGAUGCGUCUUCUCGACAAGAGAUUCCACGGAGUUGCCAAGGGUGUUGGUACCGCCAAGAUCUUGGGUCGUGUCCAUGCUGCCAACAUCAAGAUUGGAAACUCUAAUUUUUCAAUUGCCCUCUCUAUCCUUGACAAUCCAUCACAAGACACUGAGUUUAUUUUGGGUCUUGAUAUGCUCAAGCGUCAUCAAUGUCUAGUCAAUCUCAAAAAAGAUUGUUUAGAGAUUGGUGAAGAACAUGUACCAUUCUUGGCUGAAAAAGAUCUCAAAGAAAUCCUUGGUUUCGAUGAAGCUCUACCUGAAAAUUAUACUCCACCAACAAAUGAAAAUAAUAAUAACAAUAAUAAUAAUAAUAGACCAUCAUCAACCUCUUCAACAUCUUCUACAUCCAAUUCAUCACCAACCAAUACAAAUACUAGAAACCCAGUAGCAGCACCUACGAUUGCAUCACCACCAUCAGCACAAACACAAGCAACACCAACCUUUCCAGAAGAAUCUAUUGGAAUGUUGAUGUCAUUGGGUGCCUCAAGACAAAAAGCUAUUCAGCUAUUAACAAGAGCAAGAGGUAAUGUUGAUCAAGCUGCAUCUCUCUUUUUUGGAAUGUAA